AAUACACCACCGCUUCUUCUGUUGGCCUCACUCACUCACAUGACUCAUCCCCCACACCCACAUUCAUUCUUACACUCACACACACAAUAAGAAUCAAAUCACAUCUCUCUCUCUCUCUCUCUCUCAGCUACAGCUUGAACUAGCUGAUUUUUUUUAUUUUCAUUCCCUCUCAAAUUCAAUUGCCGCUAAACCCUCACUCACUCUCUUAAUCUUUAAUUAAUUACUUACUUUUACUACUUAUAAACAUAGAUUAAUACACUCAAUUCAUUCAUGUCAAUUCCAAGCGAGAAUCAAAUUCAACAUUUUCCCCAAUUCAAUUUCAAUCUAUUGCAUUCCCCUUCUCCUCCUAACCCUUCUCCGUUUCCUGUUAUGCAUCCCUGUCAGAGUCCGAGAAAUGAAAUCAAUAAUGUCAACUUGAACACUGGUAGCAAUGCUGAAGCAUUUCCCAGUCAGAGCAACAUAGUUAAUCUUCCUCCUCCUAUUCAAACUGAGCCCGUCCAAAGAGGAAAGAAUAAUGGUAAAUCAAAAGUUCCAAGAAAUGGAAAAUCCGCAGCUCAGAAUUCAAAUACAGAAGCUAUGAAUUCAGCUGCAGUUAAUAACUGUCGUUAUGACAGUUCCUUAGGAUUGUUAACCAAGAAAUUUGUCACCUUGAUCCAAGAUGCCAAGGAUGGUACGCUUGAUCUAAAUAAAACUGCUGAGGUCUUAGAGGUUCAAAAAAGGAGAAUUUAUGACAUUACAAAUGUUCUUGAAGGAAUAGGAUUGAUAGAGAAAACUUCAAAGAACCAUAUACGGUGGAAGGGAUGUGAUGGACUUGGGCCACGAGAACUGGAGGAUCAAGUUAAUGCUCUACAGGCUGAAGUUAAAAGUUUAUAUGCCAAGGAAUGCAAACUUGAGGAGUGUAUAAGUGAAAGGAAGGAGCUUAUAAGAAACCUGGAGGAAGGCAAAAACACUGGAAAGUACCUUUUUCUUACCAAGGAAGAUAUUCUUACCCUUCCAUGCUUCCAGAAUAAGGAACUUAUUGCAAUAAAGGCUCCAAAAGCCAGUUUCAUUGAGGUCCCAGAUCCCGAUGAGGAAUUAGACUUCCACCAAAGGCAGUACAGAAUGAUUGUUAGAAGUGCAACUGGACCGAUAAAUUUGUACCUCUUGAACAAGCAUGACAGCAAGUUUGAGGGUGUGAGUGUAAAGCAGGCAAAUUUAGAAGAUCCAUCGCGCAGUAGCAACCACUGCAGAAUGGAGGGUGUGGGACUAUUAGAAGGCCAAGGUUUACAGAAAAACCCUUCUGGGAGUUUAAGUUUUCUUGGCUCAGAGGCUUUUGGAAUUCAACAAAUUACUCCUACUCAUUUGGAUGUUGAUGGUGACUAUUGGUUUAAAUCCGAUCCCAAAGUUGGCCUAACAGAAUUGUGGGGGUAGAAAUAUCUUCUAUUUACUCUGUCAUUAUAUGAACUUGGUUGGUUUUACCUCUAACCUCUAGUGAGGAUAUAAAUCCAUCAGUUUGAAGGCUCCUGCCUUAUUAAUGCUCUUUCUUCUUUGUUGAUCAGCACAAGUGCAGUUGGCUCAGAUAGACAAACUUCUUAGUUAUCAACGAUUAAUUCAGCUGCGAUAUGGCAUUUGCUUAGAGUAGGCGUCUUUGACAUAUGUGGUCAAUAUGUAAAUGUUAGGCUGCUGAUUGUUGCAUAUGACACAAAAGGGGACAUUUCAAACUGUAAAUGUUAGCUCUUUUAUUUCCUUCUAUGUAUUCGUUUAUGGGGACACUGUUUCUUAACUAGGACUGCCGAAUAAGAUUAGGGUGCCUGUGAACCCCAACAAAAACAAAACUAUAGAAAAUAAACAUAUACCAUAAUUUACAAUAAGUUUAUCUUAUUUAAUUUUGUACUUUAUUUGGUACU